AUGAAGCCUCCAUUGAUUGAUAAACAAUUGAGCCACGACUCCAACAUGUCUCCAACCUUUUUCAAGGAGUUUCUUGAGGCAAGAAGGAGAAUCUGUGCCACAACAGAUGUGAAGAGGAGCCAUCUUUCUCUAAACUCUCCUGCUUCAACCUCUUCUGGGCACUCUAUGAAUCUUCUGUUGCUUAACUUUGAAGAGAACAAGAGGGUCCCAAGAUCCACCACACUCGCCUCUUCUGGCUUCAGCAACAGGUCAAGAAUUGGU